CGAUGGAAAAGAAAAUAUUCUUGAAGAUAAAAAAAAAAACGCGCUUUACUAAAUUCUCUGAUUUAUAUAUAUAAGAGGAAGAGGUGAGUUGAGAGACUUAUCUACGAAGCAAAAUACAAUCAAGGAGAGGCGAUAAUGGCGGAUCAACAAGGAGGAACAGUUCUGGGAGGAGUUCGCGACGUCGAUGCAAAUGCAAACGAUCUUCAAGUCGAGAGCCUCGCUCGUUUCGCCGUCGAUGAGCAUAACAAGAAGGAGAACGUGAAUCUGGAGUACAGGAGGCUCAUUGGUGCGAAAACGCAGGUGGUGGCAGGAACGAUGCACCAUCUGACGGUGGAGGUGGCUGAUGGCGAGACCAAGAAGGUGUACGAGGCCAAGGUUCUGGAGAAGGCCUGGGAGAAUCUCAAGAAGCUGGAGGACUUCACCCACCUUCGCGAUGUUUAGUUUCAUAAGUGCUAAGCACAUCGCAUUCUACGUCCCUGUUUAGCGUUUUAACCAAUGGGUAACUCUCUCGUUAAAUAAGUGAAUGUGAAAUUCUACUACUCCUUGUGUUUGAUUUGAUGGGUCUGUGUAAUGGAACUGGUGUUGUGUUUAUCUAUUAUUGCAAGUUGCAAACUUUAUAUCUUUA